GCACCCGGUCCAAGUCGUGGAAGUCAAAGUCAUAUCGGUCGUCACUUGCUACGGUUUCGACGAUCUCUUGAGGUGUUUUGUGGCCCCGCCACUCUUUCGAAUACUCCAUACGAAGGGAAGAAAACGGAGGAAAUCAAGAAAAGAAAAGAUAAGGAAAGAAAAGGAAAGCUGGGACGAGGCAAAAGAAAAGGCUGGCGCGGCCAAGGCGAAAGGAAAAAGCAAGAAAAGGCGCAUCUUAUCGGAGUCCACCGCCGUUGGUACGAGUCGUGAGCCGCGAAUCAAAGAUGAGAGCCUCGCGUCUGAUUGUUGCGGGCGCUAUGAUGAACAUAGGGGCUGGGCCCAAACGCGAAGGUAUGUAUAAAACGAUUGAUAGACUAGGCCGUAGGCCCCGAAUCCGCUGCAGCUCGCGACUCUGAAGUUGUAUGAUCCAGGAAAUGAGCGCCGAGAGGAGUGUCUCAAUAGUAUUGGGGCCUGGACAACCAAGGCCGCAGUGUCCACUCUGCGUCCGUGGGGUCGGAGAGUCCGGAUCGUUGUCUUGAUGCAUAGCGGUGAAAAGAGAUGUCGAAAGCCAUUCGAGACUGCGACGACCCGUGCGCGCAGAUAUCCGCAGACGCGAGGGAAUGGAUAUAAGUAGACAAUGGAUGGGACUGGCCCGGGGAAUCUUGAGAUCCAGGUCAGGCUUGCCACAACACCAUCAAACAACCUCACCAUGACCUCCCGCCUGAAGAAGAAAUUAGGCAAUCUGGGCAUAGACCCAGCCAGUGCCCGGGCGAAUGAGUCUUUCUGCCUUAUCGGAACACCCUUGCCCCCACUGGAAAAGUCGAGGGACACUGGCGAAUUCGUGCCUCUUUGGAAGCAAGAGGUGAGGGACGAGAAAGGACGGCGGAGGCUCCAUGGCGCGUUCACUGGUGGUUUCUCGGCGGGUUACUUCAACACUGUUGGCUCUAAAGAAGGAUGGGCACCUUCGACAUUCGUAUCCUCACGCGCCGACCGGUCGAAGAAGAAAGUAGCCUCACGGCCAGAGGACUUCAUGGACGAUGAAGAUCUCCAGGACAUCAAGGACAGCAGGAAUAUCGUCGAUACAACGGAGGAGAUGGAUCUCACCGCAGGCUCUGGGCUCAGCCGCGGGGACGAUAAGGAACAAGAUUCCGUCGCUCAUGCACUCGAGUCAUCCAUGCUUCCUGCAGCGAAAGACUCCGCAGGUGCACGCAUCCUCAAGAAGAUGGGCUGGAAAAUUGGCCAGGGCAUCGGCCCGCGAAUCACGCUUCGUCAACGGCGUCUGCAGGAUCUGCAAGCCGCCGGUCGACGCGAUGUGACCGAAGCUGAACUCGGCCUGCCCGAUGACCAUGCCGAGGCCGAUAAGCACACUUAUGCUCCGAGGGAUACUGCCGUGCUGGUCGUUGACCGCAAAGACAAUUUGCACGGGCUGGGUUAUCGACCGGGGAUGAGCUUGAAUGAGAGUACUAGCAGUGCUACUGGUGCCAAAGUAGGACCCAACAUUUCCGCUGGAUUUGGACUGGGUGCUCUGAACGACGCGGACGAAGAUGACUUGGAUGUGUAUGAUGGAGGAAAUACAACGCAAGGCCGGAAUCGUACUGCCUAUGACAUCAUUGACCGGGAAGAGGAGGAUAAGAUUUCGAUUGGCACCAAGAGGGAUGCCUCUCGCCCAGCGCCUCCAGUUGUCCCUUCGCAAGUCUUUCCCGACGGACAACCUGUACUAGCUGGUUUUGUCUUAUCCGACAAACCUGUCUCAGAGGACCGAUGGUUCCCGAUGCCAGAGAUACCCCAAGGAUGGAAGCCAGAUCCGCGGCGUGUAUGGGACAAGGAAAACAGUAAUCACACUGCUAGCGCUCCACCUCCCCUGGACAAACGCGCGCGAGACAGUAUAACGGCAGAUCAACGGGGGGCUAUCCUCGGCGAAACGCCGCUACCUUCGGCACCUCGGUCAGUAUUCGACUACAUGUCGCAAAAGGACCGCGACCGUAUCCAAAACAUGUCCAAGACGGAUGCAGAGGCUCCGGGCCCCUCGUUACCUCCGCCACCGGCCUCCAUUGUCAUCCCUCGCACGGAACCUCAUAUUGCACUCGCUGCAUUGCAGGGGGGAUUCGUCCCUUUCGCUACGAACGCCGACAAACAGGCACGCUACACGACGUACCUGGAAUCACAGACUGGCUCGGACAGCGCCCCAGCAGCGCCCAAGUUGCUUCCGCAUCAACCCAUCGACGAAUACAACAAAGAACUCGAAGACUAUGCCAAGGCGGCACUCCUGUUCAAGCCGCUUUCCGGUGCCAUGGCAGGCCGGUUCCAGUCCGCUAGUGUCGUCGAGCACGGGCCGCAGAUGAAAGAAGGGCUGUAUACACCCACUGCGGAGGACCACGCGAGAAAGGAGGCCGAGGUGCGGAAGAUGGCGGAGGAGAGGGUUACGCCCAAGCAGAAUGCAGCGCGACACGGGAUGUACGGCCCGAUGACCCGGGAGUCGGUGCCCUGGCAGCCAGCGCGAUUAUUGUGCAAACGGUUCAAGGUGAAGGACCCGAACCCCGCCCCGGCGGAAGACGAGAGCUCGGCCGCGGAGCCGGGUGCCGCAACCUCUGCUGGCGGUGGUGCUUGGGAACAGUUCAGCUCCGCAGCAGCCGCAGGAUCCUCAUCUGCUGGAACUUCUGGGUCUGGGUCGCGAGGGCCUCGGGAUUUGGCGAACAUCGGGCUGGGAGAAGACGAGUCUCAAGGACGAGACACUCUUACCUAUCAACGGCCUGCGAUGGAUGUCUUCAAAGCGAUCUUCGCAAGCGACGACGAAGACAGCGACGACGAGGAACCGGCGAAAGACCCGGAGCCCGACCCGGAACCAAUGGCUGUCGACGAGCCCAAGCUAGCGGACGAGGACGUGUCUAUGCCAGAGGCAGCAGCACCGCCGCCAACGGUACCCCCAGCCGAAGAAGGGCCGGUCGAUCUCGCCACAUUCAAGCCGACAUUUAUCCCGCGCGACGGAAAAGGCAAGAAAGCGGCGGAUGGAACGCAGGACACCGACAAGAAACGGGACAGCAGAAAGCGGGACAGGAAAGAGAGGACCAAUCGCGUGCUGGUGUCAUUCGAGGACGACGACGACGGCGCGGCGGGCGGAUUGCAGAUCACGCCCAAAGAGAAGCCGAGCAAGAAGAAGAGACGGAAGGAGAAGCGCAAGGACGCCGCCGAGGACGUCGACGACGACGCGAUGUGGGUCGAGAAGCCCGUUCCCGCUGUUGUACAGGCCCGUGCGGCCAGUCCGUCUCUUGAUGUCAAUGUCGGCGGAUCCGUGGCGCCGAAUCCUGAAAUCUUGCCGAAAGGGAGGAAACGUGCUAUAGAUUUCAUGUAGAUUAGCAGAUAGUGAUCGUAUGUCAACGAACAGGUCAUGAGAGUCACAA